GUUGCAGAACGGAAGCCUCCGCCGGCGGCUACUGUUCCUCAACCUUUGCGACGAGCGUCUACUGUUUGCUUCAUCGCUUGUCUACCUAGGACGUGAAUACGCGCCUUCGUCAAAUCAUUUGCUCGCUCUUGUCCCUGUACUUCUCGACGCUCACUUCCAUUUCAACGGCGUCUCCGCCACUCAUAACCCAUCUUCAUUGGCCGACAGCGCCGAGCCGCUCUUUUGCUAGAAAUACACGUCGCAAAUGCCUGACUUGCUGCCUCUUUGGAUCACCAGACUUCUUUUGCAUUUUUUCAUGUCACCCAUUCGCUUAUCGUUCGGCCCUUCUUGCGAUGGCUUACUCUUUUACGGAAGAGGAAAAGAGGUUUAUCCUCGCGGAGGUUAUCAAGACCAGCCAUCUAGAUGUUGGCCUUCUGGUGGGGUUUCUCAAAACACAUGCUAUCGAACCAGACUGGCUUAAGAUGCAGUUGCCCAGCGGACGCACUAUGGGACAGUGCAUCACCGUCAUGGGCCAGAUGUUCCCAGGUCCUAUGAAGAUACCGGAUUUGAAGCGUAAACCCAUGAACAAUCUUCUGGAACAGCCUCCAAAACGCCUGGCUGCAGCCUCACCGAUGGAGCCACCAGCACAGCUGCCGCCCUUGGCCUCUGCUGCACCGAACCUGGUGCCAUAUGCGUCGACGUCUGUCCCUUCAGUUUUGUCAGUGCCUUCGCAGUCGCACAACUCACAGCUUGCCAAUAUACAACCGCGACCCACCGGACUGGAGAGCCUAGGAGCCCUCAGCGGUUCCUUGAGCCCUAGCCAGCAACAACAAGCAUCACUCCUGCCUCGCAAAAGAGGCCGGCCAUCGCGGGCAGACAAGGCGAGACAGCUCAGGCCCUUGUUGCCACAACAUUUGACCCCCCUUGCGCCCGCGCCUGCACCCCGGCCUAUGGUCGCAGAAAGCCCAACGACGCCGGCAGAAGGCUCCGCUUACAGCUUGUCGCCUGGUCCAUCUAUGGAGGGAUACAAUGAGCCAGCAAAGCGGAAGCGCGGCCGCCCCAAACUGUCCGAAAAGACACAGCCAAGCACUGCAAUGGCAGAAGAACGAUCAAAGUCGCAUUCGGCGCGAUCGACACCCGGCCGAGCCUCACGCGGGCCAUCUGACGAGGUGCCUCGCGACCCAUAUAACGAGGGCGGACCGCUGUCAGAUGCGCAGAAGCAAAGGACCAUUUCACACAUCAAUCAUUUACAACAAGAGGGAUUGGCAAGAUAGAAGAAAGCAAUGGCACUAACGCCAAGAAGCACUACUACAACCACAUUUACAAAUCGCACACCUGGCGGGUGUUAGGGGGCUCCUCAGGUGUACGAACUCCAGCUCAAUAAGCCAGGACACAUGACUUGGGGCGGACGGGCCAUGUCGGGACCAGGUGUCCCUGUGUACAGCAAGCAUUGCCUACUUGCUACGAGCAGAUGUACACUCGGCCACAUAGCGUUGUAGGCCUAUUUGUUUUUGCUGUACAUCCAGGCAGCAUCCAGGCAGCAUCCAGGCAGCGUCCAGGCCUGCGUGAACUAGUCAGUCGUCUUUGGUUGGCCUGCUUUCGUCGAGGUCGAAGACGAACUGGGUGUGCGUCGUACCCAUUGUACGAUACAUCAGAGGGGCCAUGUAAAGAUACCAGGAAUGCGACUGCCCCAGCCGAAUAGUAUUUCACGUAAUAUUUCCCUUGGUUCAAAAAGGUCUUAUUUGACUGCAGCGUAUUAUUGUUUUGAACCAACUUUUACUCUCGAUUGGUUUACCUAAUAACCA